CUGAAAGUUAUGUGUGACGUAAUUCUCGCGCCAAAUGUAGUUGACUACCAGACUACUAGACGCAGAUAAGGGUGCCAUGGAUCUGGGUGAUUUUGAGGCUGACAACACGGUGAGCUGCCGGCUGGCCUCGGCUAUCCCUGACGCCUGCAGGACUGAGGACUGCUGCCUGGGCAUCGAUGAGGCCGGACGAGGACCUGUGCUAGGUCCCAUGGUGUAUGGGAUAUGCUUCUGUCCAGUCUCCAAGAAAGAAGACCUGAAGAAUCUCAAAGUAGCAGACUCCAAGACCCUUACUGAAGAGCAGAGGGAGGGGCUGUUUGUGAAGCUGGACGAGGCCAAGAGCUUCAUAGGCUGGGCACUACAGAUCCUGUCACCCAAUACCAUCUCAACCAGCAUGCUGCAGAGGUCUAAGUAUAAUCUGAAUGCCUUGUCUCAUGAUGCUGCCAUCGGGCUGGUCCAGUACGCUCUCGACUCUGGAGUACAGCUCAAAGAGGUGUUUGUGGACACGGUGGGUCCGGCUGAGAAGUAUCAGGAGAAGCUCUCCCAGCGCUUCCCAGGAAUAGAGGUCACCGUCAGGCCUAAAGCUGACUCCCUAUUCCCCGUCGUCAGUGCAGCCAGUAUCUGUGCUAAGGUGGCUAGAGACCAUGCGGUGAAGGGUUGGAAGUUUCUGGAAGAUCUGGGCCAAGUGGACACAGAAUAUGGCUCGGGAUACCCCAACGAUCCUAAGACUAAGAGUUGGUUGUUAAAGUAUCUGGAUCCGGUGUUUGGCUACCCCCAGUUCGUCCGCUUCAGCUGGAGUACAGCACAGAGCCUUCUGGACAGCAACGCAGUAACCGUACACUGGGAUGACGAUGAGGAGGAUGGUGAGAAGGCAGCAGGUCGUCAUGGGAACUCCUCCAUGCUCUCCUACUUCAACAAGAACACACACACCAACGGAGACCACGCCCCCACCCGGGACACACACAGAUACUUUACCGAGCGCAGACUACAGAACAUCAGCUCUCUAUAAACACACACACACACACACACACACACACACACACACACACACACACACACACACACACACACACACACACACACACACACAACGAUACUUAACCAAGCGCAGACUGCAGAGUGCCAGCGCUUUAUAAACACACUCGCACACCCUUAGGGAUGUAACAGAGGAGGUCUUGUUAUGUCUUCAGCGUUUUUAUUUUUUUUCGGUGUUUCUCCUUUUUUAAUAAAAUAUUGUAAUAAAGA